CAUUCGUUUUGUUGGUUUCUGUUUAUCGAAAGAGUAGUUGAUGGCGGCAGAUAACAUAGACAUGUUCGAACAAGGAAAUUCGAGCGAAACAACAAACUCUAAUGCUCCUCCUUUUACCAGAGCCAUUCUUCCUUUUUGCAGAUCCCGGCAGAUCUUACUACCAGCUUUGCGGUUGACUUUUCCGGUGGAUGAUGAAUUUAACUCUGACUUGGAAGAAAUUUUGACUGAUCAGAACAGGAAUUCCCAAAAGAAACUCGAUCCUUGUGAAUCUAAAUGUUUAUGUUUAAGGUUCUCACACAAGGUUGCCCCAGUGAUAUUUACUGGAGAGUGUAUUUUUUCCAAAGGAACCAAAGUGGAAUUGGUUGAUGCUGUUACAGGACAACAAGUGGGACAGGGGCCUCUAGCCUCAGCACAAGUUGAAAUAUUUGUACUUAAUGACGACGAACUAAACAGUCAUAUUAAGAUUAAUCAAACAAGAGGUGGAACAUCAAGGCGCGACCAAAAUCCAUAUCUGAGUUUGGAAGGAGGCGUUGUUUCUGUCAACGAAAUUAAAUUCAAACAUACUCCAAAGCAUAUGAAGAAGUUGAACGUGGUAAAGCUAGGAGCAAGGGUUGUCGAUCAACCUGAAGUGAUAGAGGCCGUGACAGGACCCUUUACUGUCAAGGAUAAACGUUCAAAAAGCAAGAAGCGGUACCCUCCAUCACCAACGGAUGAUGUAUGGAGACUAGAGCAUAUUUACAAAAAAGGUGCUUUCCAUAACCGGUUGACUGAAAACGGUAUAAAAACAGUGGAGGAUUUUCUAAUUGAACUCCAAAACAAUCCUGAAAGGCUACGCCAUAUCCUUGGCAAAAGCAUGUCUGAAAAUUAUUGGAAAAAAGUUACAACGCAUGCUAAGACUUGCAAUCUUGAUGGAAGGAAGUACUUGUACCAUCGUCUCGACACGGAACAAAAAUUUACGGUGGCGUUUGAUGUUGCUGGUCAGGUGAUGUGGUUGGACUCAGGGUGCGGUUUACUUCAUUUCAACAUGCUUCGUGAUACUCAAAAGGCGUAUGCACAAAAGUUAGUGGAAAUUGCAUUUGUAAACUGGGAAAAUGUUGAAAAAUCGGACAACGAGAUUUCUAUUAACGUAUCACCCUCUCCGAGGAUAGGGGGCAUGAGCAGAUGUGACCUAGGAAAUUUGGUCACGGUUGACGAAUGCCAGUCUUUAGAGUUUCAAAAUACUUCAGGAACAACUGAAACUAACCGGUGGAUAGACAGUGCUGAAUGUUCUACUUCUUAUGCAAUUGCUGACCGGCAAUCAGUGUCUGUUGCUAUCACUUCUCCUGGGCAUUCAGGUUUAGGUACUUGGGAGUAUCUGGAAUCCCUCAAUUGUAUCACAUCUGCGAUUUCAGAAUCAGGAGAUCAUUGGGAGGAUAUUAACCAAUUAGUUAUUUCUGAUGCAAUUCAAUUUGAUGAUAGCUCAUAUAGAGAGCUUGGCCAAACCAACAACUCUGCUGCUGAAACAGAUGCGACACAGUUUCAUGGAUUGCAGCAUGGUGAUACAAUGGAUCUUUCGCAAAAUCAAUUCAUUGUUUCAGAAAAUGUGCACACUUUCAUUACUGAAGAUGGCACAAAUACUAAUCAACAACGCCAAAUGAACAACGUUUUGAUGGUGUACAAGAAAAGUUGGAUGAAGAUAUCUAGCAUACUGAAAUGGUUAGAACUGAAGAGGUUUGUUAAACUUAAAAAGCUCCGUAUGACCAAGAAGCGCAAAUUAAUUUCCAAAUAAGCCACAGCCAAAACAACAACCACUGGCUCUGUCCCAUUUAGCUUUGGUGGAAAUCGAUCAACAGUCAUCAGAGUUCUAUAACGUCUGAUGCUAAUUUCAUCUCUAAUUUUAGCUCAUCGCUGAAAUUAGUGUGUAUGUGUGUAAUGUUUAUGAAUAUCUUGUGGUCAUGUUUCAACAUGAACUAUUUGACACAUGCUUUACAUUUCCAUUACGUUUAAUUCAUGUCACGCCCUUUCCUUUUUAAGUCAUUUCAAAAUAAAUGUUAUUUUUCCUUUUUUGACAA